AUGGCAUCCUCAGGAGUUCGCGGGCACUAUUCUGCUGCUGAGAGGUCCGGAUACGCGAGAACGCACGAUGUGUAUUCACAGAGAUCACGGCUGCCGUCGCCUGAGUAUUCUACAAAAGGCCACGACGCCUUCAAACCUAGCGAUGCCGACCCCUCGUACAGAUAUGACAUGGAUCAAAGGGAAGACUAUCGACAGAUGUUGAGGCGGAGAGACAGCCACCAUACUGCACUCCCUAUCUCCCCGCCGUACGACAGUUCGGACACACAGAGGCCUCAGCUACCACCUCUUAAAACGGUGCUUCUCAAUGCCAACUUGAGCCCGCCUCACACGCCACGGAUUAAGAACACCUCUGCGCAGCCUUUGCCGUGUGAACCCAGCCUCACGACGAGCACCUACAAGCCUCCGUCCCUGUAUCCGAACAAGAAGCUACGGACAGACUUCGUGUUCGAGCCUGUAGCACCAAUCACGAACCCUUACACCUUCAGCAUGCACGGUCCGCCGUCUGCGAGCUGGGAACAGAGUCCUGUCGAUGGAUACGGCAAUCACUUCUACCGCGACGGCCGUGAAGGUCGUCGUCGUUCAUCGCACCAGAUCACACGCAUUGGUCCCUCUCAACACUCAACCAGCAGCUCUACCAGACCGUCUCCGCACCCCGACAGGAUGCCCACGGGCAUGCCUUCUUCAGUUCCGUUUUCUCCUCGAGCACCACACGCAGGUUCAUACUCGCGGCCGUACCACGGCGAAGAGCGUCAUGAGAGGCGUCGUUCUUUUCGAAUGGACCCAGAAGCCGGUCAGAUGAGCCUGCCUUCAGCGCCGAAGCGCUAUGAGCGAGCUUCGGUUCCUCGAGGAGACCGUGAAGAUAUCUACGGAUGGUCGGAGAUGCCAGACAUGCACCCAGACCCGCACUCGGGGUAUUUUGUUCCCAACCACUACGACUUCAAGCAAGGCAAGACGCGCAAACGAAGCAAUUUGCCGAAGCAAUCCACAGAGGUGAUGAAGAAUUGGUUUGACAAGCGUGAGGAGGUCACUGGCAUCAGCAUGACCCAAGUGAGCAACUGGUUCAUCAAUCAUCGACGACGAUGUCCUGAGCUACGGGACAAGCGGGAGAAGUCUCGUGGUCGAGACUACGAUAUGUGA